UCCUGACGCAUCUGAUCAAAUCUCCUCAAACAUCAUUGAACCCUACUUAUUUUCUAUACAGUAAGACAUCUUGUUACUUGUUACGCAAUUUCCACCCACACUUUAGACAAAGUUUCAGAUGGACAGGUUUAUAAAACGGAUCAUCGCACUGCUGACAGUUAUUUUGCUGAUAUUUACAAGCAUAGCUGUUUUCUACGACAAAAAUACGACCACGAGAGAGAUAAAUGUCAUCCCUCCGGUGUACUGCAUGCAACUCCGUCACAAGUUUUCCAGCAUCACUUCAGCCACUGAUCCAGCAAAAUUUGAUUUCAAGAACUUCACUGAGGAUCUCUCAGCAUUGAUGAGGUGUCCACCAAUGUCCAAUAUUACCCAAAAAGAGCUAAACAGAGCAAGACUGCGCGCCUGUUGUAAUGCAUCAGGUAUUUUAUACUACACAAAGCAGAACACAGCUGUCAAUCAGAAUAUUACAUAUGAGACGAGCUCAAAGCGAAGCUAUCAAAUAAAUAAGGAACUUUACAACAUGCUUCCUGAGGAUUUUCCAUGGAGUAGACGUCCUCUCAGUAACUGUGCUGUGGUUGGGAGUGGAGGGAUUCUGAAGAACAGUAGCUGUGGAAAGGAGAUCGACACUGCAGACUUUGUUAUCAGGUUUAACAUGGCUCCAAUUAAUGACAGUGAUGUUGGGCUAAAGACUGAUUUAGUUACCAUUAAUCCCACUCAGCUCAUAAGCUACAAAAAUUUGAAGUCUAAUCCAGGUCCAUUAGUGGAGCGUGUGAGCGUCUAUGGUAACUCCUUACUGAUCAUUUCAGCGUUUACAUUUUCAGCCUACACUCGGCUAUCCGUCAAUACGUUCAAAGUGCUCCAGCCAAUCAGACCUCAACAACAGAUGGUCUUCUUUUCCUCCAGUUACAUGAAGAACCUGGAUGGUUUCUGGAAGAGACAGGGCCUGAAAGUCGUUCGCCUCUCCAGCGGGUUCAGGUUAAUUAAUGUGGCACUAGAGCUGUGUGAUCACGUGCACGUUUAUGGAUUCUGGCCAUUUGACACCAAUCUGGAGCAGCAGGAACUUACACAUCACUAUUUUGACAAUGUAGGACCCAAGCGGGGCGUUCACGCAAUGCCAAAAGAGUUUCUCAACUUGCUGAAGCUCCACAGCCAGGGGGCGCUAACACUGCACAUACAGCCCUGCUUAUAACAGGUUCUUCUGUUACUGAUUUGAAUGUACUGUAUUAUUUAAUGGUUGAUUGGCGAGGAGGGAGGCUAUGAAUCUUUUCUUACCUUUUGGUCUGCUCUUUGGUAUAUAAAGCUAUUUAAAUAUUUUCUAUUUUAACUUGGACAAUCUCCUGUAUAUUUAAAUAAAUACAUUUGGGUUUUCUUCUUUUGCAGAGUUUAUACUUCAUCCUGGGUUAAUAAUGAUUCCUGUGUGUUUAGAGUUUAUUAUUUCAUGCUGUAUUUAAAAACAUACUUAUUUGCUUAUUUAUUAGAUGGCAAAAACUGAUUGGGUGAUUUCUGUUUGCAUAACUAUAAAGUUAACCCAUAUAGGACACAAUAUGUUUAAUAAUGGCUUAACAAUACAGUAUAUUUUGAAAUGUAAUUGUGUGAAAACUGUCUUGUAACGUGACGGUUUUGAUAUGAUUAUACAACAAAUGCAACAAAAUUUGAUGCAAUCUGGCUCUACAAACCAUUGCUAUGACGAUGAGGUAAGUGUCCCUGCCUCAUCCUCUCUGAAGCAGGAGAAAUAUGCAUGUCAAAUGUGAUUUAAUAUUUUUUAUUAAACGUUUACAUUUUUUAAAGGUUACUUUGAUUUGGUAGAUUGUCAUGAAGUAGUCUUUAUGGUUUCUGCAACAAAGUGUUUUACUCAUGAAAUACAGUAAAUACAAAUCCUACUCUGUACCUCAUCAGCGACAUCCCAUUGAUAGUAGGUUACUUAAUCAACUUAUUUUUAUACUAAAGUUAACUGUUAAAAAACUGCAAUCAGGUUUGUUGAAGUUUGAUUGGCACAAUCAACCCCUUCCCUAUAUGCAAAGAGUGCAAGGUGCAUAGGAUCCCUAAACCAACAGCUUGCUUUUAAAGAUGGUUUAUUGUCUGUGUGAACUAGAAGAGGGUGUGACCAACUUCAGCAUUGUGAUGUAUAAUAUUGAUUAAAAAAUA